GCAGUCGCCGUCUCUCGCUAAACGUCAGCCGCCCAAAUCGCAAAAGUUUUUCUUUCUUCCCCCGUUCUGGUGUUGGCCUCAUCAGCAGCGCGUACAGAUAUCGUAUUAUUCGUUCCACGGUUUUGCAAAUCGCGCGGUAGCGAAUCCGAGCACUCGAAAGCGACGAAUUACCUUACCUGCUCGCCAUAUAUUGCAUUCCCAUCUGCGGUCCGUUCAAACAAUCGUGCACGUAAUUCACGGAACACCUCGCUUGCUAGAGGAUAGCAGCGCGUAUCGCGGAAGUAGCAACCUCGGGGGUUAGCUUUUUGGACAAGUGGCGUGAAAAUUGUUGGAGCUGGUUUGUAGGCUCAACUUCCUCCAGCACAGCAGGGCGCUUCCGGUCCCGGAUUCAGUAGUGAUUGAUUGUGGUGGUGGUGAAGUGGCGGUGGAAGUUUGCAGUUCGAGAAUAAGAUUAUCGGGAACCACCAGUAGCAGCAGCGCGCGAGCCGCAAGGGACUUGAGAGAUAGAUAUUGGCCCGGUACUUUUCAUUCGAGGCAAGCUGUCAGCUCUCAUCAGCUGUGAGACGCGCGUGGUUUACGGUACAGAAGAGUGAUAACCACAGGACCAAGCGGGCAACGACGACGUGUGCAGAGUGUACCAUAUACCUGGCCACAAACGCUCCACCUUUGAGAAGAUUAGUGAAAUCGUUCUUAUUAUUGUUGGGCCACCGUGGUUCAAUGUUGAUUACUGUGUGAGAGAAGCAGAUAGUUCAAGAACUGCUGCUAGGUUUGCCACGAAGUCGACAGCGAUUUCGACGAUUUCAGGAUGGGCGCCUUUCUGGAGAAACCUUUGACGGCCAAGCACAACGAGCAUGGUGAGGGAAAUGGGUUGAAAUACGGAGUCGGAUCAAUGCAGGGAUGGCGCUGUGAGAUGGAGGAUGCACAUUUUGCCAAAACGGGUCUGGGAGACGGCAUGGAGAAUUGGAACUAUUUUGCGGUGUUUGAUGGCCACGCGGGGCACAAGGUAGCAGAUCACUGUGCGAAGAAUUUACUCCAGUCGAUCAUACGAACACAGGAAUUUAGCAAUAACGAAAUUACAAAAGGAAUCUAUUCCGGCUUUCUCAAGCUGGACCAGUCAAUGCGAGACAUCCCGGAGCUGGCCUCCGGUGCAGACAAAUCCGGCACAACGGCCGUCUGUGCGUUCAUCUCGUCCAAAAACGUGUACAUAGCAAAUUGUGGUGAUUCGCGAGCAGUGCUCUGCCGCAAUUCGACACCAAUCUUUAGCACGCAGGAUCACAAACCGAUUUUACCGGGAGAGAAGCAACGCAUUCAGAACGCUGGCGGUUCGGUCAUGAUCCAGAGGGUAAACGGAAGCCUGGCUGUCUCCCGUGCCCUGGGGGAUUACGAUUUCAAAAACGUGAACCACCUGGGUCAAUGCGAGCAGCUCGUUUCACCGGAACCGGAAAUCUUCUGCCAAGACCGCGAUCCCGCAGACGAGUUCCUGGUGCUGGCUUGCGAUGGCGUGUGGGAUGUCAUGAGCAAUGCCAAUCUCUGCCAGUUCGUUCACAGUCGGAUGCAGAUCACCGACUGCCUAGAGGACAUUGCCAACCAGGUCAUCGACACCUGCCUGCACAAGGGCAGUCGAGACAAUAUGAGCAUAAUCAUCAUAGCAUUCCCGGGCGCGCCGACACCGUCGGAGGAGGCCAUCAAAAAGGAGGAGAAGCUCGAAGCAAUACUGCGCAAAAAGAUCGAGGACAUCGUCACCGAUAUGGGUGCCAACGUUGAGUACGGUUUGCUGCUGAAGCGGCUCGGCGACGAAGACAUUCCAGAGCUGCCACCGGGUGGCGGAAUCGAGGCCAAGUGCUCGUUUGUGUCGGCCGUGUUCAAGGAACUGUGCCCGAAGCUAGCGGAAACCUGUGAGGUGGGUAGCUAUUGAGACAUUGGCAAACGAUUCUGGGUAUCGCGAAGGAUCGCUGGGGCGUGCCUGGAUUCGUUACGGCGGGAACACCGGGAUGGCCGGCUCGCCACCAACGACGACGAUGAGUUUUUAGCAGAAAUAACAAAAAAUCAUAUGCAUGUAUAGGCGAGACAAAGCAAACAAAAAAAAUCAGAAGAUUAAACAAAAACAGAAAAACCAAGCGAGAGCAGAGUGUAUGUGAGACUAAGUGGGAAUUGGGGAACGCCAAGUUUUCUGGGGUGGUUCAAAACUAUUUAAAUUUAAGUUAAAAACAAACAAACAUACCUUAUAUACUAGUAAAAAAGAAAAUCAUAAUCAAAUUUUAAGUUCAGCCAUCGUUUUUAUUUCAUCGCGCGCGAGAUAAAAAAGAAUACGACACAUCUAAGUAAAUGGCUUGUGUACAAAAAAAAAGAAAGGAAGAAAGCAAAUAAAAAAUAAACAGUAAUCGAGAAUUGGAAUCUGAAGGAAGAAAUGCGAAAAAUCAAUAAUAAUAACAAUACAAGCAACCAAAACUCGUUCAAUAGAAAUUACACAAUUUGUAUAGCAAAUAAAUGCCGUAUCAAUAUCGUUGCAAAGCCGACCGUGGGUAUGAAAGAAGUCACAGUUGAAAAUGAUUAGAGGAGUGUGGUUGUUAGCUGCACCAACCGUGUGGCGUUUGGAGUUUUUCGAAACGGAUGUAACAGUUGUCGAUUGAAUUGAAAUAUUGGAUCAUACGUUAAUUCCACAGCAAGAAUACCAUUAUCAGUUGAGAAAUUUGAAAAUUUUAAAAGUAACUAACGGGAGUCUGACAUAAUUGUAAAUUAUUAUCCAUUUCUGAAACAAAAUCAUAUGUUCACUUCAUGCAAAAGUCUUAAAGUUAGGUACAUUUAUAUAAAAGUAUAAUUGCCAAAGCAAUCAGUCGUUGAAGCCUUGUUUUAAGAUUUCAAACUGACGAAAUAGAAUGCCUUGGCAAAACUCGAACGAACUUUAUUCUGAAAACAUCAUUCCACAUUGUUUAUGCACAUCACUUGUUUGUGUUCAGACGUUGCGCAAUAUUUGUAAUUUAUCAAUUCAUCGAAAGCACCGUCGACGUAGACGUAGAUUUCCACGACACAAGAGGGGAUCAACCUAUCAUCUUAUUCGCGCCUUCUUCAGUGUUUCUCGUAGAACAUUGUGCUGCUGCUGCUCAACACUCAACACAAAUGUUUAACAGUGUUUUUUCGCUUGCAUUCUGUGAUUCUUCCAGGCGAAAGGUGUUCCCCGCAGUAAGUAUCUUCGAAUGUGGCGUCUUUUGGCGUGAGUGAGCCUACACUUCACGCUGAACGUCUGAGUCUUUCAAAUGGCGUUGUCGUUGUGCGGAUGAAUGACAUGAGAUACUUAUUACAAUUAUUUAAACCAAUCAACUGUGAUCUGAAGUUUUGAGUUAAGAAUAAAAAAUUAUGCUCCUUUCAAAAUAAUCGAACUGGAAUUUUUCUUUUGUGCUCUAUGUGUUUAUACUAGAGAAAUGUUUUUCAUUGGUAGAAAACCGUUACAUUCGUUUCGAAAUCCGAAAUCAAACACUCAUGAUAGUAUACAAAUAUUCGGAACAUUCCUCCUCUGAGACUUGAGUAGUUUAAAGAGCUACUAACGAGUGAGUCAACGGUACAUGAAGGUUUCUUUUUUUUUAAUUUUAUUAUUAAUCGGACUAUUAAUCUUCCCCAGCAAGGCGUGUGAACAAAUUGGAAUUAGAAAUAUUGUGAUUUUAUUCCAUUUUUCCCUACUUUUGAAUCCAUGGAAAUUUGGUGGCUCCCGAGAGUAGUUUCUUAUGAAGGAUACUAAAACUCUGAGACUCUUAUUCAUAACGGUUUAGGUAGCAAUCGAUUCUUGAAAAUAAGCUUUUCAAUAUUCUGGUAAAAUCUUAUUUAAUCUAAGAAAUGCUGAUUUCAACAUGGCAUCUAAACAUUCCAAAUUUGUGUGUUUUUUAUUUUUUUUUUUUAAUUUAUUCUUGUAUUUCUACUGCUUAUAGCCAACGAAAUAAUUGAUAAAAAGUAUUUAGGCAGAGUCGUUGAUUUUUUUUCAAUGAGAUAUUCAAAAAAAUGUUCCACGAAGACCUUCAUGUACCUUGACUGGACACAACAUAAAACUUCCACAAGUGAGGAACAAACCACCACACUCACUCCAGUGGCAUCGAUUCGCGUUCGAAAUCAUGCACCGGUAAUAUGUGUAGACAAAAACCGCUCCGUAUCAACACAACUGUUUAAACCUGCGCUUGACUUACUGGUCGAUGUCUUGUUGUAGGUCAAACCCUUUGGAAAUGAUUCAACAACACAAACCAGUAAUCGAUGUGUAAUGAAAAUAUGUUAUUACCUAGCUUGUGUUAAAAUAUGAAAUACAACAACAAAGUACGACAGGCAGGACAGCAAGAGAAAAAUCAACCUUUUAAACAUCAGCAAUCGUUACUCAUCAUGUCGUUUGGUAGCUUUCCACGAAAAAAAAAAAAAAGAAAAGAUCAACUAGAAACAUUUCAUUCGUUA